GAGAGAGAGAGAGAGAGAGAGAGAGAGCUCCUCCCGGUAUCCUCUCCUUCAUAACCCGACUCUUCCCGUGUCUGUUGCAGACGACCUAGCGGACGCGGCUAUGAUUGUAUUAAUUAUGAAAAUUAGUUAUGAAUGAGGAAUUAUUCAUGACCCCUCGUAAGGAGUGAACACAGCAGCACGUGCACCGGCUUCACGUGUCUCCCGCUCCACUGGUCCGGUUCCGCUCCCUGAGAAGUCCCCCCGGGGUCCCAGUGCUGCCAACGCGAUGCCCCGCCACCACACCGGAGAGGACCCGGUCCGACCAGGGCUCUGGACCCCAGGCCCCCGGUCCGGCCCCCCGGGGCGCCCAGCGCGCGGCCCCGGGCUGAGGGACGUGGAGGGAGGACGGCAGGAGGGGAACAGCCCGGUUUGCCUCGUGGACGGGCUGCUCUCCCCCGGCGGGACCGGGGGCACCGAGGCCCAGAAGCAGGGCGCGCGGCUUAGCCUGCUGGGGAAGCCGCUGACCUACAGCGCGCAGAGCAACCGGAGGACCGCGCGCUAUCGGCGGCUGCAGAACUACCUGUACAACGUGCUUGAGCGGCCGCGCGGCUGGGCCUUCGUGUACCACGCCUUCGUGUUCGUUUUGGUGUUCGGUUGUCUCGUUCUCUCCGUUCUCUCCACCUUCCCGACGAACCAGGACAUGUCCUCACACUGCCUGCUGAUCCUGGAGUUCGUGAUGAUCGUGGUGUUUGGGGUGGAGUACACGGUGAGGAUCUGGAGUGCGGGCUGCUGCUGCCGGUACCGCGGCGGGCCGGGCCGGCUGCGCUUCGCCAGGAAGCCCUUCUGCAUCAUCGACAUCAUCGUGCUCAUCGCCUCGGUUGCCGUGGUUUCGGCCGGUAGCCAGGGCAACAUCUUUGCGACGUCGGCGCUCCGCAGCCUGCGCUUCCUGCAGAUCCUCCGCAUGGUCCGCAUGGACCGCCGGGGGGGCACCUGGAAGCUGCUGGGGUCCGUGGUGUACGCCCACAGCAAGGAGCUGGUGACUGCGUGGUACAUUGGGUUCCUGGUCCUGAUCUUCUCCUCCUUCCUCGUGUACCAGGUGGAGAAGGAGGACAACAAGGACUUCUCCACCUACGCUGAUGCCCUGUGGUGGGGGACGAUCACCCUGACGACCAUCGGCUACGGAGACAAGACCCCCCAGACCUGGACGGGCCGGCUGCUGUCCGCAUGCUUCGCUCUGCUGGGAAUCUCCUUCUUCGCCCUGCCCGCCGGCAUUCUAGGGUCCGGUUUCGCUCUGAAGGUCCAGGAGCAGCACAGACAGAAACACUUUGAGAAGAGAAGGAACCCUGCAGCCAGCCUCAUCCAGUGUGUCUGGCGUAGUUAUGCAGCUGAUGAGAACUCGGUUUCCAUAGCGACCUGGAAGCCUCAUUUAAAGGCCUUGCAUACCUGCAGCCCCGCCAAGAAAGACCAAGGAGAGCAGACAUACAGUCAGAAGUUGAGUUUUAAGGAGCGAGUGAGGUUGGCGAGCCCCCGCGGUCAGAGUAUCAAGAGCCGCUCCCCCCCCGGGGCGGACCAGCGGCCGCGCUCGCCCCCUCCCACCUCCGCUGGGGAACUGCUGGGCGUGGCCGAGCUGGGGGGCGGAGCCAAGGUCCAGAAGAGCUGGAGCUUCAACGACCGGACGAGGUUCAGACCCUCGCUGCGGCUGAAGGGCCGCGCCCCCGAGGACCCAGGCAUGCAGUCAGAGGACUCUUUUGACGAGCGGGGCUGCCAUUGUGAUGUCACCGUGGACGACCUAUCAGCUCCUCUGAAGGGCGUGAUCCGAGCUGUCAGGAUCAUGAGGUUCCAUGUCGCUAAGAAGAAGUUCAAGGAGACCCUGCGUCCGUACGACGUGAAGGACGUCAUCGAGCAGUACUCGGCUGGACACCUGGACAUGUUGUGUAGGAUCAAGAGCCUGCAGUCCCGACUGGACAAGGUAGUGGGUCCCCCUAAGCGGCCGGUGAAGAAGACUCGCUCUCAUCACUUUUCUUACGGCCAGACCCGCCGGAGACAGGCCGCCACGCAGGGGGUGGACCACAUCCUUGGUAAAGGCCAGGUCUCGGUCGAGAGGAGGAUGAGGGAGAAGAUGAUCGCUGACGGAGAGAUGAUGGACGACCUCAGCAUGCUGGGGAGGGUGUGCAAGGUGGAGAGACAGGUGUCGUCUAUUGAGUGUAAGCUGGACUCCCUGCUGGAGGUCUACCGCCAUGUUCUCCACAAGCCCCGCCCCUCCCUGCAGCCGCCCGACCCUCAGGGGGAAGAGCCCCCCUACCAGACCUCGUUCUCCUGCUUUCCUCAGGGAGGGAGUCCUGAGGGUAGGGAGGAGGAGGACGGGGAGGGGGGCUGCUCCACCUCCUCUGACUCGGCCCCCCCCUCCUACCCCCCCUCCACCGCCUCCCUCACCCCCUCUCCCUUCUUCUCCCCCGACUGCCCCUACCCCGCGCUGGACUGCUGCCCCCCCCGCCCCGUCGGGAGGACUGCCCCCCGGCUGCCCCCCUCUCCCCCAGGUGGGCCCCUGGCCCGGGGGCCGGCAGAAGGCCGCGCCCCCCCGCUGGUGGUGGUGGUGGGGCCCGGGGAGAGCGAAGCCGGCCCCUCCCAGGGGAAGGUGCCUCUGCGGGGGAGGGCGGGUCUGAGAGGAGAGGCGGCCUGGAGCCGACCUCUGAGCCUGGAGGUGGGGCGGGCACUGCGGGGCCCCGCCCCCGCCCCCAGGCCCCUGAGCUGGGCCGCCGGGUUGGGGACCGAGGGGGAUACUGGGGGUCCUGAUGGUAACCAUGGUACUGAUGGUAAUGGCGGUCCUGAUGGUGACGGUUGUCACGGCGACCACGAUCACCGGGGGCAACUCUUGAGAGGCCGGCCAGAUCCGGAGACAGAGGAAUCUCCCUUCCGGUCCCAGGAGGUGGACUUCCUGUCCCCGGAGGUGGACUUCCUGCCUGGUGGUCCUGCUGGGGGGGUGCGGACGAGGAACUACCCCCCGCACACAAACCUAUGA